GCCAGAGUUGUUUCCAUUCGAUUGCAAUUGUGCUCGAGGUUAGCUCAGCUCGGUUUUGCUUGUUUACAUUGCCAGCGGACAUUGCUGCUCCAAUCACCAUUUGAAAGUGAAACGCUGCUGGAGAAUGCUGGAUGUGAUGGCACUGCUGUUCAGUAGCCUGGCCGUUGGCUUCUGGUAUGUGCGCCACAGGCUGAGCUACUGGGCCAGGCGGGCGAUCGGGCAUGUGAGCCCCAGCUUUCCCAUGGGUAACAUGGAUGGGCUACGCCGGACAAAGCAUUUCAAGGACAUUGUAACGCCGCUGUACGAACUGUUCAAGGACAGCGGAGCACCCUUUGCCGGCAUCUACAUGAUGCUGCGACCGGUGGUUUUGGUGCUCGAUUUGGAUCUGGCCAAGGAGGUGUUGAUCAGGGACUUUGCGAACUUUGAGGAUCGCGGCAUGUACCACAAUGAGCGGGACGAUCCUCUCACCGGGCAUCUCUUUCGCAUCGAUGGACCCAAGUGGCGGCCGCUGCGCCACAAGAUGUCGCCCACAUUCACCUCGGGCAAGAUGAAGCUGAUGUUCCCCACCAUGUGCGAGGUGGGCGUGGAGUUGGGCGAGGUGUGCGGCGAGCUGGCAGCGAAUGCCAUGUGCGGCAUCCUGGAGAUCAGUGAUCUGAUGGCCAGAUACACCUCCGACGUGAUUGGCCGCUGUGUGUUCGGACUGGAGUGCAACGGAUUGCGUAAUCCGGAGGCCGAGUUUGCCGUGAUGGGUCGACGGGCCUUCACCGAACGUCGCCACAGCCAGCUGAUCGAUGGCUUCAUCGAAAACUUCCCAGACCUGGCCCGCCUUCUGCGACUGUGCCAGAUACAUCAGGACAUCACCGACUUCUAUCUACGCAUUGUAAAGGACACCGUGAAGAUGAGGGAGGAGCAGGGAAUUGUGAGGAACGAUUUCAUGAAUCUCCUCAUCGAAAUGAAGCGGCGCGGCGAGCUCAGCGUGGAGGAGAUGGCUGCCCAGGCCUUCAUCUUUUUUGCGGCCGGCUUCGACACCUCGGCCUCGACAUUGGGAUUCGCCCUCUAUGAGUUGGCCCGCCAGCCACAGCUGCAGGACAAGUUAAGGCAGGAAAUCAACGCUGCCCUGGAGCUGCAUCAGGGCCAAUUCACAUACGACUCCAUGCAGGAGCUGCGCUACAUGGAGCUGGUCAUAGCAGAGACGCUGCGAAAGUAUCCACCAUUGCCGCACCUCACGCGCAUAUCCAAGAACUUUUAUGCCGCCAAGGGCAAUCGACACUUCUACAUUGAGCCCGGACAGAUGCUGCUAAUACCGGUGUAUGGCAUUCACCACGAUCCAGCCAUAUACGCAGAGCCGCACAAAUUUAUACCCGAGCGAUUCAUGGCCGAUCAGCUGGCCCAGCGACCCACCGCUGCCUGGCUGCCCUUCGGCGAUGGACCCCGAAACUGCAUCGGUAUGCGCUUCGGCAAGAUGCAGACCAGCAUUGCCCUGGUCCAUCUACUCAAACGGUUCCACUUCAGUGUUUGUCCACGCACGGUGCCCAAAAUUGAGUUUGUCAAAUCGAACAUACUGCUGUGUCCAGCGAAUGGCAUCUACUUGAAGGUGCAAGAGAUAAGCAGCCUCAAAUGAUAGCGAUAGGCAUGCCAAUAGUCGUGUAAGAGAUACCAUACCCUACCCACUGUGUUCACAAGCGAAAAUACUAUAUUUUUUUAUCGUACAUAAAUGCAUACAUGCAUACAUACAUACAAACAUACUACAUGCAUAGAUAUACUCAAAUAUUACCGAAUGUCUAAUCGAAUAAACUUCGUGGCCCUCAAAUAAUUUCACUAUCUGCUGCUA